GUCAGAGUCGCAACAAGAAAUACAAAUUUGACGUAGCAGCCAAGUUAAGUACACGUACACACGUACGCACACACACACCGUAUAUACAUGUACUGUACAAGCUACCGAUAUACACACGACGCACGUACACGAUUAACUUUAUCUUACGAUCGAGCUAGCUACGAAUACGGAAUCCAGCUGAAGAAGUGAAGUGCAUUGCGUCAUCGUAAAUAAAUCUCAAAUUAACUUAAUUUGUGUGAGAUACCCGAUACGUCUAGCUGACUUUGGGAUUUCAUUGUAAUCUCCUGUUCACGAAGGUAUUGAACUGGUAAGCUAGCUGUUCGUGAAACUUAGUAGAAAAGAAAAGAAAGGCAUUUAACCAUGGCAACCACACCACAGAAUGGAGGGGUUGACAAGCAUUGGAUCGCCCCUGACCUUCCCUCCCGCUGCACAUGGCAUCUAGGGAUGGAGAAGGGAAAGAGCCCUCACAGUCAUGAUAAAAGUGAGGGUAACAAGGUUCGAGAGAGGGCGCAACCCACCAUCUUGAAGAUGAUCGGAAACACGCCUCUCAUCCGCAUCAACAACGUCACCAAAGGGACCGGUCUCAAGUGCCAAAUAUUGGCUAAGUGUGAAUACUUCAAUGCCGGUGGAAGUGUCAAGGAUCGCAUUGCGUUGAAGAUGGUGGAAGACGCAGAGAAAGACGGAACCCUGAAACCCGGAUAUACACUGAUUGAACCAACGUCGGGAAAUACAGGGAUUGGUCUAGCCCUGGUAGCUGCGGUGAAGGGGUACCGUUGCAUCAUCGUCAUGCCGGAAAAGAUGUCCAAUGAGAAGGUCGACACCCUCCGCGCCCUGGGAGCCGAGAUCGUCAGAACCCCGACGUCUGCAAGGUUUGAUGCUCCGGAAUCUCACAUCAGCGUGGCGCAGCGUCUGAAUCGCGAGAUCCCCAACUCCGUGAUUCUAGAUCAGUACAGGAAUGCAGGCAAUCCGUUGGCACAUUACGACAAUACAGCAACAGAGAUUUGGGAACAGUGCAAUGGCAAGGUUGACAUGGUUGUUUGUGGAGCUGGAACAGGAGGUACUGUGACUGGAAUCGGCAGGAAGCUCAAGGAACUCAACCCUCAUAUAAAGGUUGUAGGAGUUGAUCCUCUGGGUUCUAUCCUAGCCCAACCAGAGAAACUUAACGAGACAGACGUCACAAGCUAUGAGGUGGAGGGAACUGGUUACGACUUCAUUCCGACCGUACUGGACCGAACAGUCGUGGAUAUGUGGCUCAAGGUCGGGGACAAAGAAUCCUUCGUAAUGUCAAGGAGACUCAUCAAGGAAGAGGGACUCCUCUGUGGUGGUAGUAGCGGUGGCUCAAUGACUGGUGCAUUGGAGGCUGCCAAGUCCUUAAGAGAAGGCCAGACCUGUGUGGUGCUCCUCGCGGAUUCAGUCAGGAAUUACAUGACCAAGUUCUUGUCUGACGACUGGAUGGUUGAGAAAGAAUUCAUUGACAAGCAUGUGGAUAACACACCACAACAUUGGUGGUGGAAUCAGCCCAUAUCGAUGUUGAAGCUGGGCGCCCCCUUGACCGUCCUCCUAACGGUCAGCUGUCAGGACGCUAUCGACAUUAUGAACAAAAAUGGAUUUGACCAGCUGCCCGUGGUAGAAGAGUCCGGUGAUGUGAAGGGAGUUGUAACACUUGGUAGUCUCAUGUCCCAGCUGUUAGCUGCUAAAAUCAAGCCUUCUACACCAGUCGCUGACUGCCUGUACAAACAAUUUCGAACAGUCACUCUGGACACCACGCUCGGCAAUCUCUCCCGAGUUUUCGAUCAAGAUCAUUUUGUUCUUAUCCUUCAAGAUCAGAGACUGUACUCUGCAAGCCAAACUGUGGCCCAGAAGAAAAUGAUCUUCGGCAUCGCGACAAGAAUUGAUCUUCUCCAUUACAUCACUCAGAGCCAACCAAAACCGAAUGGCGUAGAAAAUGGUUCCUAAUCGGUAGAUCAAAAACAUCUAGACCUUCAGUUUUAGAAGAAGAACAAGAGUGAUUUUCUCUAGCAGACAUUCUUUCUACAGUCAAAAUAUAAAAAUUCAACCAAAAAAAGUUAAGAAAAAAUGUUAUGGUGAACAACUUGCUACAUUGCAUCGACAAACCACUCGUUAUAGAGGUAAUUGUAGCGAGUACAUUAUUCUCCUUCUAAUAGUUUAUAGUCAAUGUUCAUUCAUGUUUAAGACAAGAAAUGUUAAAUCCUAUUUUUCUGUUCUGUGAAGAGAUUCUACUUUUUAAUGACAUGUAAAAUAAUCAGUCUAUGUAAAUCAAAAAUUACUAUUGUUUUUUUUUUCUCGCUCUCUAUCUCUUCAUAUUAUGUAUACAGGUACAUGUAUGUCCCAUAUACAGUUUAAGUGUAUAUGGGAUACAUUCAAACCUGUCUUAGUGGUCACUUCUCUAUAUAGGCCACCUGUUUAUAGCAACUAAGUAUUUUGUCUCCCUUGAGAAAGAAAUUAGAACCUGUCUAGAAAGGCCACCUGUGGCCACUUUUUCUGUUUCCCUCGAGUGGCCUUUAUAAACAGGUUUGACUGUUUUUCCAUUUUCUUGAUUUAUUUAUUAUUGAAAUUAUCAGAAAAGUGAGUUAAUCAUAGUUUGAACAUUUCCCUUGUAAGUAGCUUGAAACAAACUUACUUUUUAGCCUCAUUGAUCAUGUUUUUUAAGUGUUGCUUGAAUCUGUUAAAACUUGUGUACAGUUUUGGUAGCAAAAAGGACAUGGGAUUUAAGUGCGUUAACUAUAGUCUUGCAUUCUCCAUGUAUCAAAAGAUGUAUAUAAGAGAUCAUUUUAUAUUCCAUCCAUAAUUGUGGUGAAUUUUAGCAUAAAUAUGUGAAAGGAAUGCGAUCACGGCCGUACACUGCCCUGCGCAAGGAACCUUCCGCUCUGACGGCUCCCGGCACAACAAUCUCACUGCUGUGCUUGAAGAUAGUGAUAGUGCGUGUGUUACAAUCCUCUUGUGUAUAGUACAUAUAGUACGUAUAUUGCUGUAUAAGGCGUAUACAUUAUUUUUGCCUCUCAUUUGAUUAAUAUUUCACUUAAGGAGGAAAACAAACUUCACAGCGGCCUACCAUUUUCUAGUAUUAUGCUAUACAACAUUUAACCUCAAAAAAAGCCAUCAAAAAGUACAUGUAUUUGUCUAAAUACAUUUCAUCAUUUGUAGAAAGUAUGGUCAAAGUGUGUUAUGUAUAUAAGUAUAUAGCAGAAGCAUGGUUAACAUGUAUACAGAAUGAAUGAAGAAGAUGAAUAUUUUGGCUCUAUUGUCUAUUUAGGGAAUAAUUGUACAUGUAUUAAUAUAUUGGUACAGGGUAUAAUAAUUUGCUCACUUGAGCAUUGAAUAAUAAUAAUGUUUAAUUGGAUUUAUGAAGCACUUAAGACAUUGAAACAGGUAUAUUUAUUGCUAUUGCAAAACAAGGCUUGA